GGCCAGAGCCUGGGGCGUGUCACAGCCGAAGGGGCAGGGCGGCAGCAGCAGGCGUCUAAGUAACUUCAGCGCCUGCGCAGAGGCUCCCCAGCGUCGCCCUAGGCUGGGACUCUAGUAGGUCUUCGGCUCAGUUUUGGCUGCAGCGCCCGCGUAGGUCGCUUCGGCUGGGUUCUACGCCCGGCUCAACUAUGAGCUGGUCCGCCCAGGCGGCGGCAGUGGCGGCCACACUGCCAGGUGCCGGCGUUGGGAACGUGGGGCUGCGGCCGCCCAUGGUGCCCCGUCAGGCGUCCUUCUUCCCGCCGCCGGUGCCGAACCCCUUCGUGCAGCAGACGCAGAUCGGCUCCGCGAGGCGGGUCCAGAUUUUCCUUCUUGGGAUUAUCUUGCUUCCAAUUCGUGUCUUAUUGGUUGCAUUAAUUUUAUUACUUGCAUGGCCAUUUGCUGCAAUUUCAACAGUAUGCUGUCCUGAAAAGCUGACCCACCCAAUAACUGGUUGGAGGAGGAAAAUUACUCAAACAGCUUUGAAAUUUCUGGGUCGUGCUAUGUUCUUUUCAAUGGGAUUUAUAGUUGCUGUAAAAGGAAAGAUUGCAAGUCCUUUGGAAGCACCAGUUUUUGUUGCUGCCCCUCAUUCAACAUUCUUUGAUGGAAUUGCCUGUAUUGUAGCUGGGUUACCUUCUAUGGUAUCUCGAAAUGAGAAUGCACAAGUCCCUCUGAUUGGCAGACUGUUACGGGCUGUGCAACCAGUUUUGGUGUCCCGUGUAGAUCCAGAUUCCCGAAAAAACACAAUAAAUGAAAUAAUAAAGCGAACAACAUCAGGAGGAGAAUGGCCCCAGAUACUAGUUUUCCCAGAAGGUACUUGUACUAAUCGUUCCUGUUUGAUUACUUUUAAACCAGGAGCCUUCAUUCCAGGAGUUCCAGUGCAGCCAGUCCUCCUCAGAUACCCAAACAAGCUGGAUACUGUGACCUGGACAUGGCAAGGAUAUACAUUCAUUCAGCUUUGUAUGCUUACUUUCUGCCAGCUCUUCACAAAGGUAGAAGUUGAGUUUAUGCCAGUUCAAGUACCAAAUGAUGAAGAAAAAAAUGAUCCUGUCCUUUUUGCCAAUAAAGUCCGGAAUUUAAUGGCAGAAGCUCUGGGAAUACCAGUAACAGAUCAUACCUAUGAAGAUUGCAGAUUGAUGAUUUCAGCAGGACAGCUAACAUUGCCUAUGGAAGCUGGGCUGGUGGAAUUUACUAAAAUUAGCCGGAAAUUGAAAUUAGAUUGGGAUGGUGUUCGUAAGCAUUUGGAUGAAUAUGCAUCUAUUGCGAGUUCCUCAAAAGGAGGAAGAAUUGGAAUUGAAGAAUUCGCCAAGUAUUUAAAGUUGCCUGUUUCGGAUGUCUUGAGACAACUUUUUGCACUCUUUGACAGGAACCAUGAUGGCAGCAUUGACUUCCGAGAGUAUGUGAUUGGCCUGGCUGUCUUGUGCAACCCUUCCAACACAGAGGAGAUCAUCCAGGUGGCAUUUAAGCUGUUUGAUGUUGAUGAGGAUGGCUACAUAACGGAGGAAGAGUUCUCCACCAUUCUACAGGCUUCCCUUGGAGUGCCUGACCUUGAUGUUUCUGGUCUCUUCAAGGAAAUAGCCCAAGGGGACUCAAUUUCCUAUGAGGAAUUUAAAAGUUUUGCCUUAAAGCAUCCAGAAUAUGCUAAGAUAUUUACAACAUACCUAGACCUCCAGACGUGCCAUGUGUUUUCAUUACCAGAAGAAGUCCAGACAACCCCCUCCACCGCCAGUAAUAAAGUCAGCCCUGAAAAGCAUGAAGAGAGUACCUCAGACAAAAAAGAUGACUGAAAGCAGUAUUUCCAAUAAGGAAAACACAGUAGCUUUUGCUUGAAAUUGUAAAGGCACUUAUUGAUAAUACUUUUAAUGUGUUGGUAAUGAUGUUUAAAAUUGAAAGAUUUUUAAAAUAAAAAUGAUAGAUUUUCUUACUAAAAAUGUUUUUAUUAACCUUGCUUUUAUUGGAAAAAAUCAAGCAAUAUUUCUUUUUCUUUUGUGUUAUAUUGUACUUUACUGAUUCAUUUACUGGUGAUACAUAUGUUUUUAUGGAUUUUCCAGUUUAAUUUGCAUAUACAAAUGAAUGCAAUGGUCUAUUGGUGAGCAUUGAGCAACACUGUAUAAAGUUUUUAAAAUGUAAACACUUUUUAAUCUACUUUCCUCUAAAAAUCAAUAAUAUUCUAUUAUUUCUAAUCCUUUUCCACUUGGGAAAUAACAAUGAAGAAUCUGAGAAUUUUACAUCUAUAACUUUACAGAUUCAUUUUUCCAUUUAAAUUUCAGUUUCUUGGAUCACUGAAUAUGGGAAGGGAGAGCUUCACUAAUUAGACGCAGCUUCUUAAGAACUUAUAUUCUCUUUGACAUACAUCUCUAUUGUAGUUUUUUGUUUUGUUUUGUUUUUUGAGAUGGAGUCUUGCUCUGUCACCCAGGCUGGAGUGCAGUGGUGCAAUCUCAGCUCACUGCAACUUCUGCCUCCUGGGUUCAAGUGAUUCUCAUACCUCAGACUCCCGAGUAGUUGGGAUUACAGGUGCCCACCACCACACCUGACUAAUUUUUGUAUUUUUAGUAGCCAUGUGGUUUUCCCAUGUUGGCCAGGCUGGUUUCGAACUCCUGACCUCAGGUGAUCCACCCACCUCAGCCUCCCAAAGUGCUGGGAUUACAGGCGUGAGCCACCGUUCCUGGCCUAUUGUAGAUUUUCUUAACUACUUGCUAAGGAAAUCAUAUCCUUUUACAUGAACUACAGGUUUAGAACUUGGUUUUAAGACAACUGCUAUGGCCAAAGGGUAAAUGGGAAUUGCCUUAUUGAAGGUAACAUUGAUUGCCUAAUAAGAAAAUGAAUUGUUUGCCACAGAGUUGAAUUUAAUUUGAGUUAGAUAGUUCAGAAUGUAGCACUUGCCCUAUAAAUGAAUCAGAUUUGUUCUAUUUAUAUAAUAUUAGAAUUAAUAUAUUAUCAUGUAAGUGGGAAUUUUAUUUUGUUAAGUGGACUCUCAAAUUUUAGAACUUGUGUGAACUAUCUCCCAGAAAACACAAAAGGUUUCAAGGUAUCACCCAAAGCUAGGGAAUCAACAAACGUACUUUAUUAAUGCAACACCACAAUUUAAGCCCCAGGCAGGAAUCCAACAGUAACAUUUUUCCUUUAGGUUAAGCAGUAAUUUUUUUGAAUUGUCAUUUUUAAUGGGUCUCAUACAUGCAUAUUGCUAAUAUCAUUCAUGUUUGAGGUUUUCAACAAAGAACCAAUUUAUUAAUAUAAUGUACAAAAAUAGUUGGUUCAUUUUUCUGAAUUCAGUCUUUGAAAUAAAACUCCUUGUUUUGGCCGUGU